AUGCAAAUAUUCAUUAAAACUUUGGCAGGCAAGAAGGUCUCAUACAACAUAGAAUCUGAUAAUACUAUUCAAUAACUUAAAAUGCAAUUAUAAGAGAAAGAAGGAAUUAGCUCAGAAUAAUUUAAGCUGAUAUUUAAGGGAAGACAUUUGUAAGAAGAAUGUAAAAUUUCUGAUGCUUAAAUGUAAGCUGGAGACACCGUCCAUAUGGUCAUUUAAUUGAGAGGAGGUUUUUGA